AUGCAUAAGGGUCUCGUGAGGAUGAAACUAUUGAAUGAACCAGAUAGUACGAGCCAAAUGACGCAGAACAUACCUCUUUCCGCAAAGGUGGCCAAUGUACCGAGCCACUGGACUCGUUUCUUUCCAGUUUCGUCGGUUUUUGGGGCUACAUCGAAUCGAGAUACUGCUGCUGCCCUGAUUGUGGGAGACAAAGGUUCGAAUGGUCUGCUCUGUGCCCACGAUACCUCUCCUGGGUUUUGCUGUUUGGAUCUUCCUGGUGAGGGAGAAGGUGUGGACUGGGGGGUGCCCUUCAACUGUGAGCUAGGGAAGUCCAAAUGUUCUAGACUUGCUCCUACAAUGGCCGGCUUCAACAAACAGACUUGUGCAAUGUGGUCAGGCACAUAUUGUCCCGAGCCACGAACGUGUUUACCUCUUCUUGAUUGCAUGGCUUCCGAGAUAUCGUGGGGCGAGCAAAAGGGUAAAAAGGCAUAUGCUGACUACAUUAGGAACGCACCAGAAGUCAAGGACCCUACGGAUUUCAAAGAGUGUGGUGCUUAUCGCGAAUACUUUGGAUUUGAUGGCGAGUAUCCGAAAGACUCAGAGAUCUGCGAGGACGUUCAAUUUCUCCGAAACAAUAAAGACUUUGACGAUCUUGAUGCGUUUGCAGCCACCACCCAUGAAUCUGCGACAAUUACCCCACAGGCCGAAACUAUCAAUCCACAAGGUGCCACAGCGGCGCCUUUCUCAAAUGCGCCCGUCAGUCUCACAGCUUGGGUCCCCAUUGGGAGUACCACGCAGGGCAAGAAUUACCAUGCAGAUGCAAACUAUCGGGAUCACGUUCUCGACCAAUUGAUUGCCACAGGGGAACAAAUCUUGGAUGUCAUUGAUUGUACUGACUGCAUCAUGGAACCGACUUUCUUGGUUACAAAUGGAUGUAAAACGUUCAAGUGGAUCGCUGCCGUUGCUGCUACCCUUGCAGUGUUCAUAAUGGGAAGGGUGCACACUGAGAUCUUUUACCAGUACGACCAAAGUGACUGCCUCAGCAACUUCAACAUGGAUCAAAUGUAUCAACGAGUUUUUGUCCUCCAAGACAACAUCGCGGUGCUGCAGACUAACAUGCAGGAAUUUUCGACGGCUGGCAUGGACACAACCAAUGCUGGGUUCAUGUCCAUUGCACAGCAGAACAAAGAAAACGCUGAAAAGAUCCUUGGGGAUCUUGGCACACAGAAUGCAGACAACCACAAAACAACGCAAGAAGUUAUUGGUGACCAGGCAAAGACCAACUUUGAAAACAUGAAAGAGUUCGUCACCGAUGAAGUCAAUCGAAUCAAGGGCGACAUUACUGGCCAUCUGACUCAAGUCAAGAAGGACAUUAUAGCAAAGACCACAGCCACUUGCUCGACUGGUGCCCGGCGUGGAUUGAGUGUUGCUCUGUCAGAGCUGCCAGCGCCAAAGGAAGAGGCAUCGUUAUUGAAGCCCGAGCUGUUCGUUCCAACCUGUCUGGGAUUCCAAGGUAGCAAAGGAGAAUUCCGUCUUGCUGAAAAGCGCUUUCAGAGCACGGAUGCUGCCAUGGAAUUUGUUCGCGAAUCAUUGGAAGUCCGCAUGAGCAGCUCUGAUGUAUACGUUUCCUGGGACGAGUUGGAUGUGAAGCUCACCGUGAAGGGCAAGACAGGGUGCAGCAUCAAGUUUGAGGCAGUGCCUGUCUACUAUGAUGGUUAUUCUGGCGACAUGGUCGAGGGAGAAUCUAACUACAUUACUGUGCUAGUCGACGACCAGGCUCCCCGGGUCAGGUGUUCCUUUGAUUCCCCGAAUGCAUCUGCUGAGAAGAAGACCCUGUUUGUGGAAGAAGGCCCUCGAAAGGUUGAUACCAAGCUGUCCUAUUCAGUGAAGGACAAUUGCUCUACUGACGAUUACGAUUUGAGCACUCGUAUCCGAGUCUUGAGCAAUGAGCUGGAAGAGGGAGCGAUUGCACGCCUCGCCAAGGCCUUGAACAAGGACGACGUGGAAGUUGCCAAGGUCUACGUGUCUCCUUCGAAGUGUUCUGACGAAGAAAAGGAUGAUGACUUGUUUUGUGUGGCGGAUACGGUGGACUUUCGGUUCUAUGACAUUGAAGUCACUGCAAAGGAUGGUGUUGGUUGGAGCUCUUCGGACACGUGCCGUGUGAUAGUCAUGCCCAAUAAGAAGCACAAGAUGACUGAUGUGGAUGCAGCUCGUGAACUUCGCGGCAAGAAUCGUGGAGACCGUCUGAGUGCUGCCGAAGAAGAUGCCAUGGUUCAGGCAUCCUCCAACAGUUUUGUUCUUGGCAAGCUUGAGUUCCCUUGA